AUGAAUGAGUGCGGCUAUUGCGGCGUGAAAAUCGGCGAAGAAGCUGCGCUGUUGGCAAAUGGCCAAAUUUGGCACGUCAAUCAUCUUCUAUGCGAUUUGUGCAAUUGUCGAAUUAAUGACGGCGAAAGAUGUGUUCCUCAAAGCGGCAUCGUCCUCUGCCAUCAAUGCCACAUUAAAACGACGCGUCCGAAAUGCAAAGGGUGCGCCAAAUUCAUCGAGUCGAAUUUGACGGAAGCCCUCGGAGCCACGUGGCAUCCAACAUGCUUCCAAUGCUCCGUAUGUCAGCGAGCAUUGGAAGCCAAUUUCAUUCAGCUCCCGAAUCGAAUGACCGUCCAUCCCAACUGCUAUUGGAAUCUCGAGCUGCGGGUGGCGAUUGUUCAAAAAUUAAGUUCUUGA